GCGACAAGGACAGGAAGCUGCUGACCAAGGACAACGGGUUGCGCGAGCUGCUCCUCCUGCUGGCCAUGCAGGUCACCCAGCUCACGCAGCGGAGCCGCACGAUGUGGGGCAUGAUGACGAAGACGGCGAUCUUGGAGGACAGCUCGAAGGUUGUCAAAGCCAUGCAGGAGGAGGCCAAGACGUUCUCGGACAACGCGCAGACACUGAGGGACAAGGUCAAGCGUCUCAAGGACGAGGCCAAGGCGGCAAAGGACGCGGGAGACAAGCCCGCGGAGCAAAAGUCGGACGGGGAGGCCGCGCUAGUACUGGCGGAGCUACGCGGACUCGGCCCCCCCACGGCGACGGUGUUCUGCGCGAUGGUCGAGAGCUUGGCAGAGGAAGAGGUGGGGCGCGCCAACAGGCAGACGCUCGAGGCGUGGUCGACGGCCAUGGUGGGCGACCCGCCAGACUUCGUGAAGCUCUGCCGCCUCGAGAACUGCUACCAGACGGACAUGAUCAAGAUAGUGUUCGCAGUCACCGACCAGACCAAGGAGGAUGUGCUCGCGGACGCGUUCAAGCAGCUGGGCGCCACCGUCACCUCUGGCUCGGCGCCUGCUGGGUACAUGGAAGAAGAACUCUCGGCGUGGAUAGACGCACUCAAAGCGUGA